UUAAUAAAUUCGCCCUAAAUUCUCUUUUCUGCAUUUCAUUUCCAUUUCAAUUUCUUCUUCUUCUUCUUCUUCUUCCAUGUUUUCUCGCUAUCAUCGAUGGAGAGUGAAGCCUUAACUGUUCUCCGUUUCAGAUCUCGUUGCUUCCUCGUUUUCCUUGCAUCUUCUCCUUCUUCUUCUUCUCUCGUUUCGCAUUUCGGAUCCUGAUCGCGUUAACUGAAUUCAGCACGUGAGGCGAGCUAGAGAAAUCAAAAUCUCCUUCAACUUCUUCUUUCAGCUGGACAAGUGUCGACUAAUAUGAAAACGCUAACUGUGAAUACUGAAGAUUCUUUUUCCAGUUUACUGGAACUUGCUUCUAACAAUGAUUUUGAAGGUUUUAAGGAGCUCUUAUACAAGGAUGCUUCGUCGAUUAAUGAGGUCGGGCUCUGGUAUGUCCGGCAAAAUGGGUCGAAACAAAUUGUUCUUGAGCACAGGACUCCUUUGAUGGUUGCUGCUACCUAUGGUAGCAUUGAUGUUCUGAAGGUUAUACUUUCGUGUCCAGAAGCAGAUGUGAAUUUUGCCUGUGGGGUGAAUAAAAGCACUGCUCUUCACUGUGCUGCCUCCGGUGGGUCUGUUAAGGCAGUUGAUGCGGUGAAGCUUCUUUUAUCAGCCGGUGCUGAUGUCAACUGCGUGGAUGCGAAUGGAAAUCGAGCUGUUGAUGUUAUUGUUGUCCCUCCUAAGUUGCAGGGCAUGAAAGCAAUUCUUGAGGAACUCCUCUCGGACAGUGCUUCUGAUGGCUCUGUUGGUGGCAUCUCUGUUCCGGUGUCUGUGAAUUCUUCUAGUCCUGGUUCACCUGUGCAUUUCUUGUCACUUGAAAAUGGGAUGCCAUGCUCUCCUUUGGGCUCACCGCGUUCUCCCGGGGCUGCAAAGUUAAAUGAUGCAGGUAUCAGCACAUUCUCGGAGAAGAAAGAAUAUCCAAUUGAUCCAUCACUUCCUGAUAUAAAAAAUAGCAUAUACACUACGGAUGAGUUUCGGAUGUUCUCAUUCAAGGUUCGUCCUUGUUCACGAGCAUACUCCCAUGAUUGGACUGAGUGUCCAUUUGUUCAUCCUGGAGAGAAUGCUCGUAGGAGAGAUCCCAGAAAAUUCCACUACAGCUGUGUUCCAUGCCCUGAUUUUAGGAAAGGGGCUUGUAGACGUGGAGAUAUGUGUGAAUAUGCUCAUGGAGUAUUUGAGUGCUGGCUACACCCAGCUCAGUAUCGGACACGCCUCUGUAAAGAUGGCACUAGUUGCAACAGAAGGGUGUGUUUUUUUGCUCACACUGCAGAGGAGUUGCGUCCGCUGUAUGUGUCCACUGGAUCUGCUGUUCCUUCGCCACGAUCAUCUGCCUCUGCUGCUAGUGUCAUGGACAUGGCUGCCGCAAUGAGCCUUUUGCCAGGUUCACCUUCGUCAAUCUCUUCCAUGUCUCCAUCCCACUUCGGCCAGCCCAUGUCCCCAUCCGCAAGUGGCAUCUCACUCUCAUCUCCUUCUUGGGCACAACCUAAUGUGCCGGCCCUUCAUUUGCCCGGAAGCAAUUUUCAAUCUAGUCGCUUGAGGUCUUCUCUUAGUGCUCGUGACAUUCCACCUGAAGACUUGAAUAUGUUGCCUGAUUUUGAUGGCCAGCAGCAUGUUAUGAAUGAUUUGAGCUGUUUCUUACAGCCCCGUUCUGGUGCUGUUUCUGCGAGUCGAUCUUGUCGGUCUAAGAUACUAACUCCAUCAAAUUUGGAAGAUCUCUUUUCUGCUGAAUUUUCUUCAUCUCCCCGAUAUUCUGACCCAGCAAUGGCUUCUGUUUUUUCCCCAACACACAGAUCUGCUGUUAUGAAUCAGUUUCAACAGCUUCAAAGUACGCUGUCGCCUAUAAAUACCAACAUGAUGUCUCCUAAGAAUGUUGAGCAUCCUCUGUUACAGGCCUCAUUUGGCGUUGCUUCUCCUGGGAGAAUGUCACCUAGAAGUGUUGAACCGAUCUCCCCAAUGGGCGCUCGACUGUCGGCAUUUCCUCAGCGUGAGAAACAACAGCAGCAACAGCUGCGGAGUAUUAGUUCAAGAGAGCUUGGUGCCAACAACCCUGCCUCAGUUGUUGGCUCCCCUGCAAGCCCUUGGUCUAAGUGGGGAUCUCCAAAUGGGAAGGUUGAUUGGUCUGUAAAUGGAGAUGACCUCGGUCAUCAAAUGCAAAGAUCAUCCUCAUUUGAACUGAAAAAUAAUGGGGAAGAGCCUGAUCUAUCAUGGGUCCAAUCCCUGGUGAAGGAAUCCCCACCUGAGAUGAUGAUGAAAGAGAAGUUUGCAUCCUCUGGCCCUGUUGCAUCUGCUGAAGGACUGGAUCCCAAUUCCCAAAUUGAAUCCGUUGAUCAUUCUGUGUUAGGAGCUUGGCUUGAGCAAAUGCAGCUGGAUCACCUUGUAGUCUAAUCAAAUUUGACCCUUUACAUCUUAUUGAGAUAGGUAUUUAAUAUCUUAAGGUACAUAUUCUUUUGGUGAUUUUUUUGGGAACAAAUCAGGGAAGAAAAGUUGUAAUGGAAGGGCUGCAAGGUUGCCGAAGGAUAUUAUAUAUUUUUUCAUUAAAAAUAAUUCUCAUUCAUUAUUUUACUAAGAGCUUCAGGAGUGGUGAACAAGCCCCUUUUUGAGCUGUUGUGAUGUUCAAUAGGAGAGAAAAUCCUGUCGAGGUUUUGUAUUUUUCUUCAAAAAUGCCCCGUUUCAGGAUUAUGCCUUUUUCCAUUGUACGUUUAUUCUGAAGAGAACUAAGCGAAGAUGGCUUCGUUUGAUUUCAAGUACUUCAAGUAGCUUCCUUUGAUUUCAAGUACUUCAAAAAUUGCUGUUGCAUAUUAUCUUUAUUUGAAAGGAAUAAUUAGAUGAUGAUCUGUGCUGUUGAAUAUUUACCACAGAUCGUAUGAAAUAAUUGUACUGCCUUUGAUGUAUUACAUGGAAUUGUACUACAAUUUCGUUUUUCAAAUUCAAAUGCAAUGCACUGUUUUCUGGUUGCUA